AUGAGACGGUGGACGCUAAAGCUGCGAGCACAAAUUGUGUUUUUUAUCCUCGUCACCUGCAUUAUCUGCCAGUGUGGACUAAUAAACGGAGAAAUCUGCCAGAGUAAGGACAUCCGGAACAAUGUGACCAACCUCCAGUCGCUGGAGAACUGCACCAUCAUCGAGGGCCACCUGAAGAUUCUGCUCAUGUUUAAGACCAAGGCUGAGGACUUCCGAGGUCUCAGCUACCCAAAGCUGCGAGUUGUGACUGACUAUGUGCUGCUGUUCAGGGUCUACGGCCUUGAGGCCCUCGGCGAUCUCUUCCCCAACCUGACGGUGAUCCGCGGAAACAACCUCUUCUUCAACUACGCUCUUGUGAUUUACGAGAUGCUGCAGCUGAAGGAGGUGGGUCUGCACAGCCUCAUGAAUAUCACCCGGGGCGCCGUGAGGAUCGAGAAGAAUCCGGACCUGUGCUACCUGGCCACUCUGGACUGGUCCAAGAUCCUGGACUCGGUGGAGGACAACUUCAUCGUGGCCAAUAAGAAUGACAGAGAGUGUGGGGACGUGUGUCCCGGCACGGCUCAAGGUCAGACCAUCUGCCCACAGAACACCAUCAACGGACACUUCAGGGGACGAUGCUGGUCACAGAACCACUGCCAGAGAAUGUGCUUGGACAACUGUAAGCAUGGUGCGUGUAGCCUCCAGGGCCAGUGCUGCCACGACCAGUGCCUGGGCGGCUGUUCGGAGUCGGGUAAUGCAAGUAGCUGUGUGGCCUGCAGGAACCUUCAGCAUGGCAAUACCUGCGUGGAGAAAUGUCCUGCUGGAUACUACGUCUUCAGGGGCUGGCGCUGCAUCAGCUUCUCCUUCUGCCAGGAGCUCCACAAUCAGUGUAGGCAGACUAAGAAGCUGAACCAGGACCGGGAGUCUGGCUGCUACGAAUACGUCAUCCACAAUGGGGCCUGUAUCCCAGAGUGUCCUUCUGGAUACACCACUAUCAACUCCACUACGUUGACCUGUUCGCCAUGUGCAGGCCUGUGUCCUAAACUGUGUGUGGGGAACAAGACGAUCGACUCUGUAACUUCAGCCCAGGCUUUGAGAGGCUGCACUGUUCUGCACGGCAACAUGAUCAUCAAGAUUCGAGGAGGAAACAACAUCGCAGCUGAGUUGGAAGCUAGUUUGGGCCAGCUUGAGGAAAUCACCGGCUACCUGACUGUUCGCAGAGCCUACGCCCUGGUCUCCCUCUCCUUCCUCCGCAAACUGCGUAUCAUUAGGGGGGAACAUCUUGAGGGAGAUACCUUCGCCUUCUAUGCGCUUGACAACCAGAACCUGCGUGAGCUGUGGGAUUGGUCUAAGCACAACCUGACCAUCCAGCGUGGUCGUAUGUUCUUCCACUACAACUCCAAACUUUGCAUGUCUGAAAUCAAAAAGAUGGAGGAGGUAACGGGAACCAAGGAGCGCAACCAAAAGAACGACAUCGCUGUACGCACCAACGGGGACCAAGCCUCCUGUGAGACCAAGUUGCUUGAAUUCACCGUGAUCAAGACCUCAUCAAACAUGAUUAUGUUGAAGUGGGAGUCCUUUUGGCCCUUAGACUUCAGAGACUUGCUGGGCUUUAUGGUUCUCUACAAAGAGGCGCCAUAUAAGAACGUGACAGAGUUUGAUGGACAGGACGCGUGUGGCUCAAACAGCUGGGCCAUCGCUGAUGUUGAACCUCCGAACCGUUCCACGGACAACAAGAAAGCAGAGGAUCCGGGGCACCUGAUCCGACCUUUGAAGCCCUGGACACAGUACGCCAUUAUGGUCAAAACCCAACUGUCUGCAUCUGACGAGCACCAGGUGCAUGGAGCCAAGAGCGAGAUCAUCUACGUCCGCACCAAUGCCUCCAAACCCUCUGUGCCUCUGGACCCCAUCUCCUCCUCCAACUCCUCCUCUCAGAUCAUCCUGAAGUGGAAGCCUCCCAACAGUCCCAAUGGCAACAUCACCCACUACCGCGUCAUCUGUCGUAAGCAGGCGGAGGACAGCGACCUUUACAAGUUUGACUACUGCCUCCAAGGGAUGAAGCUGCCGUCUCGUACCCCGACCCACCUGGACAGCGAGGAUGAGCAGAAGUGGAACCAGACGGAUGAGCCUACGUCAGGGGGAAGGUGCUGCGCCUGCCCCAAGACAGACAACCAGCUAAAGAAGGAGCAGGAGGAGAUUGAGUACCGCAAGACCUUCGAGAAUUACCUCCACAAUGAAGUCUUUGAGAGCAGACCGUCUCGUCGCCGACGCUCAGUGGGAGUUGCCAACGCCACCAUUCCCUCUCUUUUCCUCACCACAGCCCCCAGUCUGGCAUUAGGCUCCACAACAGCCACCCCUGAAGACGAAGACGAGGAAGGAUCCAAGGUGGAGCUGAAGGUGUUCUCAAAGGAGUCGACGGUCAUUUCCAACCUGCACCACUUCACCAGUUACAAGAUAGAGAUCAUGGCCUGCAACCAUCCGUCAGACCUCAAACGCUGCAGCAUGGCGACUUACGUCAGUGCCCGAACUAUGCCAGAGGAGAAAGCAGACGACAUCCCAGGCCCUGUGACCCACGAGAUAGUGACAGGCGAGCCUCCGUAUGUGUUUAUCAAAUGGAAUCCACCUCGCUCCCCGAACGGCCUCAUCAUCCUGUAUGAAGUGUUCUACAGGAAGGUUGGAGACUCAGAGGUUCACACAGCGUGUGUGUCACGGCCAGCCUACCUCAAGUUUGGUGGCACGAAGCUUUCGCUUGUGCAACCUGGUAACUACAGCGUGAGGGUCCGCGCCACCUCCUUGGCGGGAAAUGGCUCCUUUACAGAAACCACUUACUUCUUCAUGCCCAAUCCGGAUCAAGGUUUAAUUUGGAUUGUGAUGGGUCCAGUCAUCUGCUUCAUCUUGUUGCUGUUCGUGGGAGGUGGAGUCUUUGUGAUCUUUAAGAAGAGACAAACAGAAGGGCCGACAGGACCUCUUAUCGCCUCAUCAAACCCUGAGUACAUCAGCACCAAUGAUGUGUAUGUUCCUGAUGAGUGGGAGGUGCCCCGGGACAAGAUCACGGUGCUCAGAGAGCUGGGUCAGGGCUCCUUCGGCAUGGUGUAUGAGGGAAUCGCCAAGGACAUCAUCAAAGGAGACCCGGACACGCGCGUGGCCGUCAAGACGGUCAACGAAUCGGCCAGCCUGCGAGAGAGGAUCGAGUUCCUCAACGAAGCCUCCGUCAUGAAGGCUUUCAGCUGUCACCACGUGGUGCGACUUUUAGGUGUGGUGUCCAAAGGUCAGCCCACUCUAGUCGUGAUGGAGCUGAUGACCCACGGUGACCUGAAGAGCUACCUGCGCAGUCUCAGGCCGGACUCUGAGAACAACCCCACAGGCCGUCCACCACCUACACUGAAGGAGAUGAUCCAGAUGGCUGCAGAAAUUGCAGACGGCAUGGCCUACCUCAACGCCAAGAAGUUUGUCCACAGAGACCUGGCAGCCAGGAACUGCAUGGUGGCGGAGGACUUCACCGUCAAGAUUGGCGACUUUGGUAUGACCCGAGACAUCUAUGAGACUGACUACUACCGUAAAGGAGGGAAGGGCCUGCUUCCCGUCAGGUGGAUGGCUCCAGAGUCUCUGAAGGACGGAGUCUUCACUGCCCACUCUGACUGCUGGUCGUUUGGCGUUGUGCUGUGGGAGAUCAGCACGCUAGCGGAGCAGCCUUACCAGGGUUUAUCCAACGAACAGGUUCUAAAGUUUGUCAUGGAUGGAGGAUACCUGGACCGGCCGGAGAACUGCCCCGAAAGGAUGCACAACCUAAUGCAGAUGUGCUGGCAGUACAACCCCAAGAUGCGGCCGAUGUUCCACGAGAUCAUCGAGAUGCUGCGGGAGGACCUGCACCCGUCGUUCCAGGAGGUCUCCUUCUUCUACAGCGAGGAGAACAAAGUCCCAGAGACAGAGGAGUACGACCUGGACCUGGACAACAUGGAGAGCAUCCCACUGGACCCGUCGUCAUACUCCCAGAGAGAGGAGAGCUUAGGCAGGGACAGCGGGCCCUCGGUGGCCCUCAGGGGGAACUAUGAGGAACAUGUCCCCUACACACACAUGAAUGGUGGCAAGAAAAACGGACGAAUCUUAUCGUUGCCCAGAUCCAGCCCUUCCUAACAUUUCCUGUUUCCUAAAAAGAACUCGUUUAACCCGCCCUUCCCAUCCUUCUUUCUCUUCCAGUCCAUUUUCUUCUGUAUCAUGUUCCUUUCAUCAUUUUCUAAUGAUUUUCUUAUUCUUGGAGAAGCCCUUCAAAAAAAAAAAAAGACACACAGAUCUCAGGACUUUUUAUUUUCUUCCUCAUGGCUGCCGCACACAGGCAAGCAAGAGAUGCAAACAUGGUGUAACACUUUUUUAACUUCCUCCACAACACAUCGGACUUUCUAUUACCAUAUUACCUAUCUAUUGUUUUUUUUUUUUUUUUCACUAUUGCCACGUUUCCAGGACUCCUCGUGACGGAAACACAGAUAAAAAAAAAACUGUGAACACAACAAACCUUAGACAACCAAGAAGGCUGCUUUUGCUCAAUCUCCUCAAGACUUGUCCCUCCUUCUCUCCCCACCAAUCUGCAUUUCCACAUUUCUGUGCUUUGUUUUCUCUCCAAGUGAAAUCUUGUUACUCAGAUAGUGGCCUUUUUGUAUGUGGCCUAUAAACAAAGAGAAGUGUCUAUCAGCGCUUACACUAAUUUCCUUUUUUGAACAAUGACUUAAUCAGUUUGGAACGGUGGGAUGACUUUCAAAGACUUGAUCCUAGAACAAACAUUUAUUCCUAGAGGAAUGUUUUCUUUUUGUUUUCAUUUUGUUUUUGUUCUGCAGAAUUCCAAACUACACACAGAUUCAUCGGGUGUUUGGUGAAUAGUUUUAAUUUAUUUGCUUUUAUUGUAUUUUCUCUCCUCUUUUCCUCUUCUCUUUCUCAGUUUUUUUUCUGUGUCCUCACUAUAUGGCUGAAGGAUAUUUAAACAGUUAAGAAUUGGACAAAAGAGUUCCUCAGACUGACCAAUAGCUGCUGCUUUGAUAUAUUUUAGUGGGUAUAGAAAUAUAUAAAUAUAUAUAAUAUAUAUAGUAUAUAUGGAAUAUUGGCAUUUAUGUGCCAGUAUUUUAUAUAUAAUAUAUGACAUAUUGAUGUUUUUUGUAAAUAGUUCAUAUUUGUAAUAUUUUUCAUCAGAAGCUUUGCUAGCGUUUUGUUUUGCCGGGUUUUUCUUUCUGGGUUUUUUAUUUUUAAUUCUCUUAUUUUUAUAGCCCCAGAAAUCACACUAAUCUACCAUCAGUGCUCUCUGUGUCUUAGGCCUCCUGUCCCCCGUGAGUACUCUCGCUCCAUGCGGUUGGGAAAGGAGGAAGCCCCGAAAUAUUGUCAACUCACUGCAUCAUUUUUUUUAUAAACCUUGUUCCCACUGAGAGCUGUCAAUAUUUAGAGGCAACUUUACUACUACAACAAAACAAAAAAUGAAAUAACCAAAAAAAAAAAAAAAA